GUACUACAUGCACCCUUGGAGGUCGACCGGGGAGGGGGAUAUAGGGUUGCGGGGGGCAGAUGUGCUACCCCCCUGAAAUGAGUUUUUGCAGGGUGGGAUGUCUGCAUUGAAGGUAGUUUUUACAUAAUUUAUUGAUGAGUGCUCCAAUCACCAGGAUCUAUCUAGCUUCCAACAGCAAGACAACCUCUUGACCAUUGGAGGAGACCAACCUGCUCUUGAGAGCAAUUUUGCUGCAAUCCAACUUCUUUAGCUGAAGUAGAGCGGAGCUUUUAAGUGCUCCUCUCCGGUAGUCAAUAAUUAAAAGAAAACGAUAAAAGAUUAGCUUUGUUUGUCAGAUACACAUCAAAACAUACAGUGAAAUGUGUCUUUUGUGUCAAAUCAAAUCAGCAAAGACUGUGCUAGCCAGCCUGCAAGUGUCAGCGCAAUUCUGGUGCCAACUUGCAUGCCCACAACUCACUAACCCUAAUCUUUGGAAUAUGGAGGGAAACCAGAGCACUCUGAGAAAACCCAAGCAGUCAUGGGCAGAAUGUAUGAACUCCCUACAAACAGCAGUGGAAAUCAAAUCCCAGUCUUACAGCUAACACUGUAAAGCAUUAUGCUAACCACUAACCACUAAGCACAAAAGUUUGUGCUUUUCAUGCAGUGCUGGCAAAUCAGAAAAUAGUGUUCCAGGUGCACAUUUCUUUAAUGGACAUAUUUCUACUCUCAUGUAGUAUACACCAUGUUCUUUACCACUAGAACAUUAACAAUAUCCCCUUUUAAAGAUAAACUCAAUCUUUAUUACAAUACUUAAGUGGAUUAUCCCAACAUUGGCAUACAACAUGCAAGAAUGGGCUUUAAUCCUUCUCGUGGAGAAUCAUCCUAUUUAUUGCAUCAGGCUGGAAACAUGGUUGGAGUUACUAAAACUAUCUUAACAAGAAGAUUAUCUUCUUGCUGCAGUAAAAGUCAUAUCAUGUGUGGAAAAGUGCAGUGGAAGACCAUUGCUUUUCCUUGAUUGGAUGUCUGUUUAACAAAGAUUGAUGGAAUAUAAUUUUCAUUUUAUUAAUAACAACUAAAUAUAUUCAAAACAAUUAAUAUCAAGUUAUAUUGUGCUUUAAAACUAAUUUGUUAAUAAUGAAAUGUUCGCAAUUGAAAUAGUUGGCUGAAUUCCACAAGGACACGUCUAUGCAAUAGCCAAAUGACAGUCAGCAGGGAGUUAAUCCUCACCCACGAUCGGUCUAUUAUAUGUAUCCAAAGCAGUUUUCUUUCUUAGCACAGACCAAAUUGCAUUGACCGUAAAGAUGUUCUGCUGGUAACAGGGUGUUAAAGGAUGGAGCUAUGAAUCAAGGAGGCAGUACACGUUCAGUAAAACAGCAGCUGGUUGCUGACUCAGCACUUUGUCCAGUCUGCAGACCAACUGAGUCCGUUUUGUUUGUACUGCAGAUAAAAGUACGAGUAAUUGGCAACAACAAAGAAUUUUUUUUUCGAAAAAGCAAGAGGUGUUAUUCCAAUCUGUGUCUGUAGUUGCUUCAGAAGAUAAUGUCUCAUUUCAAGAUGCGUUUCCUCAGAGAAGAUAGCAGCAAAGUGCCUUAUUCUCGUCUCUGCGGGUCGAGAGAAGAAGUUCUGAAUGCCGACUUUUCAAAAAUUCAAUAUUUCAUCCGGUUCCUUGAAUUCCUUCAUUAUCUAGGAAGCAUCUACAGGAUGAUGAAGAAAAAGCUGAGAGCUGAAAAGACAGAAGUAUUAACUGAAGAUUUGCUGCAGGUAGAGAAACGAUUGGAGCUGGUAAAACAAGUGUCUCACAGCACUCAUAAAAAGCUUACAGCAUGUCUCCAAGGACAACAAGGUGUGGACGCCGACAAACGAUCCAAAAAGUUACCGUUAACAACAUUAGCACAGUGUUUAGUAGAAGGCUCCGCUAUCCUGGGUGAAGACUCCUUGCUAGGGAAGAUGCUGAAGAUGUGUGGUGACACAGAGGAUAGGCUAGCCCAGGAACUCAUCCUGUUUGAGCUGCAGAUAGAAAGGGAUGUGAUAGAGCCAUUAUUUGUGUUGGCUGAGGUGGACAUUCCCAACAUCCAAAAGCAGAGGAAACAUUUAGCAAAAUUAGUUUUGGACAUGGACUCAGCUAGAACACGGUGGCAGCAGUCUUCAAAGUCAUCGGGAUUGUCAAGCAAUCUGCAGUCAUCUGGUGCCAAGGCUGAUGCGCUCAGGGAAGAAAUGGAAGAAGCAGCAAAUCGUGUGGAGAUCUGCAGGGAUCAGCUGGCAGCGGACAUGUACAGUUUUGUGGCCAAAGAAAUAGACUAUGCAAAUUAUUUUCAGACACUAAUAGAAGUGCAAGCAGAGUAUCACAGGAAGUCAUUAGUACUUUUACAGAGCAUACUGCCUCAGAUUAAAGCUCAACAAGAGGCUUGGAUAGAAAAGCCUUCCUUUGGCAAGCCACUGGAAGAACAUCUUGCAAUAAGUGGACGAGAAAUAGCAUUUCCUGUUGAGGCCUGUGUGACAAUGUUACUGGAGUGUGGCAUGCAGGAAGAGGGCCUUUUCAGGGUAGCUGCUUCAGCCUCCAAACUGAAGAAGCUAAAGGCUUCACUUGACUGUGGUGUGUUGGACGUGCAAGAGUAUUCUGUGGAUCCUCAUGCUGUAGCAGGAGCUCUUAAAUCAUAUCUUCGAGAAUUACCAGAACCUUUGAUGACAUUAGAAUUGUAUGACGAAUGGAUACAAGCAUCAAAUAUUCAGGACCAAGACAAGCGGCUUCAGGCAUUAUGGAAUGCAUGUGAGAAGCUACCCAAGGCUAAUUACAACAAUUUCAGAUACUUGAUAAAAUUCCUAGCCAAACUAACAGAAUACCAAGAUGCCAACAAAAUGACCCCUGGUAACAUGGCAAUAGUCCUGGGGCCCAAUCUACUCUGGACAGCCAAUGAAGGGUCCAUGACUGAAUUGAUGACAACAGUUUCCAUACAAAUUGUGGGGAUUAUUGAACCAAUAAUUCAACAUGCUGAUUGGUUCUUCCCAGGAGAUAUUGAGUUUAAUGUCACUGGAAGCUAUGGGAGCCCAUUACACACCAAUCAUAAUGCAAACUACAACUCCAUGCCUUCGCCAGACAUUGAUCACUCGGACCGCAAGCAACACGAUCAAGCAAGGCGACCUCUCAGCGUUGCUACUGACAACAUGAUGCUGGAAUUUUAUAAAAAAGAUGGCCUUAGGAAAAUACAAAGCAUGGGUGUGAGGGUGAUGGACACUUCCUGGGUGGCCCGCAGAGGCUCCUCCAUUGUCCGAAAAACAUCCUCCACCCCGCCUGGCACACAACCCCCUCCUCCGCCCGCCGAACUCGCUGCUUCGUGUCAGUCGCCAAUCCCCGAGCAGUCUGUAGAACGUUCCACUUCUCCCUCCCCCACUCCUCCACCUAGCGGCCCAGUAUCAGGGGCCGAAACAGCAAGCGCAGACGAGUUGCCUUCCAAUUGGUCGGAUUCCUGUUAUUCUUAUCCGUCCCCAGAGGAUGACAGAUCUACCCCGUCUCCUUGCUCCCAGCAUGCCCACCAUUUCUACCAUAAGGCUCAGCCAUCUGCUCGGCCUGAGGCUGUACCCCAAGCCUCGCCCCCUCAGCGAUGGCCCGGGUACAGCCCAACCUUGCUCACUCGGCCUCCUUCCCCACAGCAGCUUGACAUCAACUCUAACCCUCAGCCGUGCUCCCUUCACCUCCCUAAGCCGGGCUCCCCUACUGACUUGCAUGUAUCUGAAACUAACGUCUCACCUGUCUACAUCAAAACCCCUCUUCUCCUAACCAAGCACAACCCCCAUUGUAACCCCUCCACCCCUUCUGUGUCAGCCUCUCCCCCUUGGGUCGGCUGCGCCUGUGCCAGAGACAAAGGAACCAGGCUAACUAGUGCAAUGAAAGGCAAAGAACUCUCCCCUGUGAUUGGACAGAAAGGCAGGCCCGUUUCUGACCAUGUGACUUCUUCCAGCAGCCUGCAGCAAAGCAUUGCCACAAGUCAGCUGCCAAGUGAGCAGAGCCCCCAUACAUUGCGCAAAGCUGCAAAGAAGGUGGUGCCGUUACCACCCAAAAUCCCAUUUGACCAGGCGACAGGCCAGCCUUCACCCGCCAGCCUUUCUCCAACCCCUCCGAGCACUCCCUCCCCAUACGCUGCAAACUUCCCUCAAGCCUAUACCUUGCCACCAAGCCAAACUCCCCCAGCCGCACCAUCCCUGUCCUCUCCUCCUUCCCAAACAAGCACUUUAACCAAAUCUCGACCCACGGUGAAGCCGAGACAAAGGCCCACACUUCCACCUCCACAACCUCCCACCCCGGGCCUUUCUGGACCCAGUCCGCAGCCCCUGGAACAUACUAUUUUAGCUGGAGAAAGCAUGUCUACAGAUAUGGGCGAUCCUGACCCCUCUUUUGUACAGUCAGUAGAGGUGUAUGACAUGCUCUACACUGAACCCUCAGACCAAAUGUGCACAAACUCUGUUGCAGACUUUAGAGUAAAAGCAGAUUCCGAUGAGGAGUCAGAAAGUACUGUCCUAUGACACAAGAACACUUCAUUUGUGGGACUCCGGCUGUACAUACAUUAUAUCUAGAGGAUGGUGGACAUCUCGCCGCAUAUUACUGCAAGAAAAGCUGCUUCCAUUAACUAUGGGAAUGGAUAAAUCUGUUUUGGUUGGGUAAUGGUUGUCAGCCCUUAAAACACGAUUUUGUUGACUGGGAUCAAUGUUUUCUUUUUUAUACUUUUUAUUUAGAAUUAAUGAUUCAUCUUUCUUAUUAAAAAAAAUACUUGGCCUUUGAACCUUACACUUAAUUUGAUUCCUGUAUUUUCAGAAUUUUAUAAUACCUAAUAAAAAUGCCAUAUCAACCAGCAAUGCUCUCAGACUAGGUAUUUAUAUCUCCCAUGUGCAAGGAGAUUGCCUUUAUGGAAAUGGUAGUUAGAGCUUCCACAUUUAAUUGUCCAGAGGGAAUGGAUUCCUGCAACCAGGAGGUCAGAAUCUUGAGUUUAAAAUUCCUCCCAUCAACAGAAGAAAUGUCCUUUCCAUCGUUUAUUGGAAUGAGCUGAUUCUUUAAGCAAAUAGUUAGGUGAGCCAAAAAAAAUGUAAAUUAAUUAAUGAAGAGAGAAAUUAUCAAAAUUUAAAAUCUUGUCUGAAGAAACCUUCAGUGCCCAAGAGAUGGAGAAAGUACACUCAGGAUAAGUCGACAAGCACUGUUUGUAAGCUAUUGAACUGUUCUAAUGCAUAUCUAUGGCACCAGCCAGUCAAAGAUUUUGACCCCUGCAGUUACGCAAUACAGAGUUGCAAACAAGAUCUAUUUCUAAAAGUGAUGAUUCACACAAAAUGAAAGCAAGACUUUAUUUUCAUUAUAAUAGAAAUUAUAAAAGGAAAUAUAAUUCCACGUCCUGUUGUACACAACCUAGUGUUUGUUUGUAUCAUUCAGAGGAGAAAUACUUUAAAUGCAACAAUAUAGUUUAAAUUUGUAUAAUAUGUGCACAAAACCUGACAGUUGCCAAUUAUUCUGAAAGUAAUUUUAUCCAGAGGAAGAGGAAUAAAGUUAUCAUUAUUGUACUUAAGUCUGUAUGUGGAUGAUGACUAUUACAAUGGAUUGUUGUGGCUGUAAAACUUUAAUUGUUAUCAUGCCAGAAUACCUUGUAUGAAUAGAAUUUAAUUAAUGUCCAUGUAAAUGUUGUAUUAAAAAUAUACUGUGUAUUUAAGGGAAUGGGACUAGACUGGCAAUUGGUUAUGUGGUGAUUGCCUUUGUAAUGUACAGGGUCUAAUACAUUGCUCAGUGCAGUGACAUUUUAAAUGGUCAUAAGGAGUGUAGAGUUAUGAGAGAACAUAAUAUAUCUGUUAUAUAAACACUUGUUUCAUGCAUUAUGUUUCACUGAAAAAAAUAUAUAACUAUAGUGCUUUAAAAUACAACUCUUGAAAUUAGAGGGCUUAGUGGCAAUGUCUAAGAAAUAGUGCUGAUUCCCUCAUCUGUGGUUUCUUGUCUAAAACCUGAAGAAAAACUGAACUGAAAAUAAAGUAAAAUAUUAUAAAAUGUAGAGCGGACUUGAUGUGUUC